AUGAGUUGUCGCAGAAAUGCUGUGCCGUGGGUAGAUUGGGUCGAAUGGCAAGACGUGCAUGAAAGCUUGUUCAGUACUGAUCCGUUUUUACAGCAGAGAGCUGUCUCCCGCGUGGCUGCGUGGCGCAGUCGCACACAGCUUCCUGUGGCUAUUAACGCCACAUCUCAACUGGUAGAAUUGCAACUUCAUGAAUCCAUGGCACAGCAUCAUCACCACGCAGUUGGUGUGAGCUCGCGCUCGCAUAGUGAGCUAUCGCUUCUCUACGCAAACAUUAUCGUACGCUGCGUGAAUGGCCUUGUUGACGCCUCGCAGAAGGGUGAAUAUGCCCACGCCGUCAGCACACUGGCUCAACGAAUCGGCAUCCCGCUUUGGAUUGUGGAUUUGCGUCACGAAUCCACACAUAACCAGUUACCAUCACUACCAGUACUGCGCUUUGCUGCCCGCCAUUUACUCGCGUGGCUUCGUGCCAAUUAUUGGAACGCUCAGGAACGUUUGAUUCGAGGUCGUGUGCAUCAUGUGGCGGAAAAACUCUUUUUACAAUUUCCGCAUUUGGGCAACCAACUAAGAGAUGACAAAAGCUCGAUACAAGAAGCUCAUAAGCUAGAAUUCGAUGUCGAUACUUUACGCAAUGUCGUGAUACCAUUGCUGGUAUGUGGAGAACAGUACGGUGAACGUGUGGCUUUAACUGGACUGAUGUUCUUGAGAGUCUUUGAUGUUAUGGGGAAUUCCGAAAAAGAAGCGUUUGUUUCUAUGCUAUUGCAAUUGCAGUCAAUGUGGAGAAGAUUCAGUGCCUCGUUGCUUGCAGCAUUGUGUCAAAAAGUGUUCGAUGUGAUCUGUUCGCCAGAGUCUCGUUGUCAAAAAGAAUCUAAAGCUGACCAGGCUAGAAAAAUUGAACGUGAAGAGUUUCACGAACAGAACGAGAUAGAUAUGACUAUUUUAUGGAUUCAAUUUAUGGUAAGUGGCGAAUAUCGCGAGAGGAUGAAGCUUCAAAUCGACCCAAUUGAAGAUUUGUGCCAAUGUGGGGCUGAAAUGCUUGCACUCGGCGAAAGUAUCAAAGUGAAAGUCACAAAAGGAUUUUCCACGGACUUGCUAAAACGCUUAGUGACUACGUUAAGGUCAAGUAAAAGCAUAAGAAAUCACUCAACAUUAGCCAUUGAAUCCGCAAACUCUACUGAAUCAUUAAGCAAUCAAAAACUGGGAUGGGUACAACUUGCAUGGGUAGAGAGUCCUCUUGGGCUUCGCUAUAGCUACGCGAGUCAUCAAAGCAUCUGCCAGCGUCAAUUGUGCGAAUAUUCGCUUGAUAAUGACAUACUAAUGCCAGAAAGCACGUCGUUUGUGAAUCAAGAGGAAGAAGAAGAUGAUUCUCACACUAUAGAUAAUGACGAUGCAGAAAUGGUUAUGGAUGCGCUCAUGGAGGAUUGGGAUGCGACGUACAAUACUACUCUUCAGCAGACUCUUGAUUUGCAGGAUACUAUCGCUCGCGAUGGUCUUCGACAAGGUGAUAGUACUACUGUCCUUCCAAAACAAGAGCUGCUACGCAUUCAGGAGGAGAUUGAGAUUUGGUAG